GGGCGAAGCCUCCGAGCAGCUGUCCAAGCAGCAGCUGCCGCCGGGCUCAGCGAAGACGGAUGGGGCGAGCGCCAGAGCCAGCUGCCUGCCUGCCUGCGCGCCCGACUCCGCCUCCGCCUCGCCUCCGCCUCCUCCGGCCGCCCCCCACGUGUGUCCGUCUGUCUCCGCCUGGCCUCCGGGGAGGGAAAGCAUGGCGUCCAGCGAAGAGGACGGCGGAGCCGGCAACGGCUCGCUGGAGGAGAAGGAGAGCGGCAAGGCGGCCGCCCCUCGGCGCCGCGGCUCCGUCACCACCGCCUGGCUCAUCUUCUACAACAUCACCAUGACGGCGGGGUGGCUGGUUUUGGCUAUUGCCAUGGUGCGGUUUUACAUGGAAAAAGGAACACACAAAGGCUUAUACAAAAACAUUCAAAAGACACUUAAAUUUUUCCAGACUUUUGCUUUGCUUGAGAUAAUCCACUGUGCAUUUGUAGUGCACACUUCUAUGCUUGUGACCGGGGUCCAAGUGAGUUCCAGAAUCUUUAUGGUGUGGUUUAUUACACAUAGUGUAAAGCAGAUCCAGAAUGAGGACAGCGUUAUUCUUUUUCUGGUCGUAUGGACUGUGACAGAGAUUACUCGAUAUUCCUUCUACACAUUCAAUAUGCUCAACCACUUGCCAUACUUCAUAAAAUGGGCCAGGUACAAUUUUUUCAUCAUCUUAUAUCCCGUGGGAGUCAUUGGUGAGCUUUUAACCAUUUAUGCUGCCUUACCUUACGUGAAGAGAUCGGGGAUGUUUUCAGUGAGACUUCCCAACAAGUAUAAUGUCUCUUUUGACUACUACUAUUUCCUUCUCAUCGUCAUGGCAUCCUAUGUACCACUGUUUCCACAACUGUACUUCCACAUGCUUCGUCAAAGAAGAAAAGUGCUUCACGGCGAAGUGAUUGUAGAAAAGGACGAUUAAAAACAAGCCCUUUUAACCACGGUGCUUUUUCAGAGUAACAAACCAAAAUCCAGAACGUGUUGCACGAGUCCAAGUGUGAAAUCAUGGAACAAAAAUAACCAGUGCACAAAACCAACAUAGAUCAUAUUAUUUAGUAACGCUAAUAUUUUUCGGACUUCGCUAUUUCAAGUCUGCAUUAAUUUUUGGUACUGUCUCCACCCCCACUCGUCAAAACACUGCGUGUAUACUUGGAGGGGGCUCCUUUCUUCUGCGGAAGGGUCCUCCUAGCCAUUAGGAGAGCUUUUCAGGGGAAUGCAGGAAUGCUGUUGGCAGGGGAGCUGUAGAAAACCACACACAUCCCUUGGGAUCCUGGCCUGCGUCUUCCUUUAAAUGUCAUCAUAGGCCUAUCGGAUUUCCCACCUGUUAAUAUCUUAUAAGGAGAAUUAAUAAAAUGUACCUUUUAUCUGUGUACAUAUAAUAAAUUAGAAACUUAAGACCAUUUCAAUGGCUGCAAAAACAAAAACCUGAAUGGUUUUCAGAAGCAUCUCCUUGAAACUGAUGCCAAGUGGGCUGUUCACUGUAAAUGGAGAUGGCAAUGAGCUCAGUCUUAAAUGCUGCAAUAUAUUUUUUUUAAAGCUCCUGGAAGGCAGUUGUCUUAUUUAAAGGAAUUCACUACUAGAUACCUGCAAUAUGUUCUACACAAAAAAGAUCAGAUAAAAAAUUCAGCUGUCCAGAUAAUUUAAGGACAAGGGGUAUUUUUGUUCAUUUUGAGAAAUGUUUAUGUGCCAAAAUACAAUCUAAAAGAGAAAAGUGUAUGGAAAUUUGUUUGCCCUCUGCACAUUGGCAAUCUGUGAUACAUGAAAUUUUGGUUUACUUUGGUUUACAUGACUGUUUAGCAGUUUGCUCGGUAGACAGGAUCCAAAGAACCGCACAACUGAUAUACCCAUGGGACCUUUGGGCUUUUAUUUUUCAAAAGGCAGUCCUCUAUGUAAUAUAGAAAACCAGUUUUGAAGCUGAAGGUUUUCUGCUCAAAAACUGGUGGGGUGGAGUCAAAUGAUUGCAUGUGCAUUAUGCAGAUCUUUAGAUCCCAGCCUUUGUGCCUUAUUGUAAAAGAAUGUAAAAUCGUGAUAAAGAAAGUACAGUGGUACCUCGGGUUAAGUACUUAAUUUGUUCCGGAGGUCCGUUCUUAACCUGAAACUGUUCUUAACCUGAAGCACCACUUUAGCUAAUGGGGCCUCCCGCUGCUGCCGCGCAAUUUCUGUUCUCAUCCUGAAGCAAAGUUCUUAACCCGAGGUACUAUUUCUGGGAUAGCAGAGUCUGUAACCUGAAGCGUAUGUAACCCGAGGUGCCACUGUACAAGUAAAGGAAAUUGAGGGAAAGAAAAACACUGGGUAUCUCCACCCAGCACCUGCAGUCUAGUCUCACACAUCCUGAAAUCUGACUCAAGGGUCAGGGGAUUCUACAGAGCACCUGACCUUGGGAAGCUGCCAAUAGGGAUGUGUGAUCCCUUUCUGCUUUCUGCUUGUGCUGUAGGAUCUUUGGAUCCAAGCCGUGAUGUGAUUAUAGCUUGUGGUGAACUCUUUCUUCAAAUAUACUUGAGUUUAUGUGUCUAGUCCUUUCAAAUUGUGUAUUAGCAAGGUUUUAGCUGAGGGGAGGGGGGUGCAGCUCUUUACUGUACACUUUUUACUGUAAGUGCUUUUCUGGCAAUAUAACAAUUUUAUUUUGGGGGUGGGGCCUCUGCAAUUUAAAAAAACACACAAAGGUGCUCUAACCAUUUUUCAUGUUAUGUAAAGCUUUUAAAAUAUAGUAUCACACAAAAUCAUUCAGCUGUGUUUAGAUUAAAGGGUUUCAAGUUGCAUCAAUUAUAUUUUUGCAGUUACUGUUUAAGCCUGAUUUUUUUUCCUUUUAAGAACGUCAAACUAUUUCUUACAAAAUAUCCAGGCAGCUCUUUGGUACAUGUUUCUGAAUUAGUACGGAGAAGAACUAUGUGAGAAGAUCUACUAUUUUUUCAAUGGUUUCCAAUGGCCUUUUCUAGCAUUUUAACUUCUUAAUGCCUAAGUAUAUUAUGUGCCUCAUCCUGUAAUUCUUGCUGAUCUAAAUUGGAAUUUCUGCAGCUGUUCUUUAAGUAGAAAUAUUUGGUUCUCAUGUAUGCUGUUGUUAAACCUGAGGAUGUUGUCAUACAGUAAACAAGGAAAUAUUGUAGGUAUUUUUUUACCAUUUUGUACAUCCAAUAUUAAAAUAAUACAAUUUCUUGCAA